AUGGCUGGUUCCAAGCAUUGUUUCACAUUGUCUUUGGUUCUACUAAUUUCAUUGUCAAGCAUUGAUAUGAGCUCGGCAGCUCAGCACCUUUUGGAUACACCGGCAGCUCCACCGCCAGCAUUGACCCCGCCUACAAUUCCAUCUCUUCCCAAGGCUACAUUGCCUCCUUUGCCCUCUGUGCCACCACUGCCUAAAACCACUUUGCCACCACUGCCUAGCACCCCCUUCCCAUCUCAACCAACACUGCCAAAAGCCGCAUUGCCACCAUUGCCUACGACACCGUUGCCAACUCUCCCAACUCAGCCCACACUGCCACCAUUGCCAACCUUACCAAAGCCAAGUUCACCAACAGUUCCCAAGGUGACUCUACCUCCUCUGCCUGCCACUCCAUUGCCCACCAUCCCAACUAGAAUCCCAUCUAUUCCUACCAUCCCAACGAUGAUUCCAACAAUUCCGACACUUCCUUUCCUCUCCCCGCCACCAUCAAAUUGA